AUGCUGUCCGAGAAGGUCGUCCCACAAGCGCCAUUCGGAACAGAUGCCGAGCGAGCACGGCGCAGUCUCAAUGCCAAACUCUCCAAUCCGUUGGCUGGGUUCAGCCAUACCGAACUGCGGAAUCAGGGGCGCACAUUAGCCGAGCUCCACGAGAUGGGCGACGAAUCCGAUAUCCGCGCUUUCGAGUUGGGUGCUGUGUUGGCACAGUGCCCAGAACAAUAUGCCAAUGUGACUGGUCUAACAAACCAGGAGAAGGGAGUACUGCACCGGGAGCUCACGUAUCGCUGGUCACAGCCAUGGAAAAUGUAUGCUGUCAUUACACUGUGUUCUUUAUCCGCUACAGUCCAGGGAAUGGACCAGACGGUCGUCAACGGAGCCCAGAUAUUCUACAAACACCAAUUCGGCAUCGGCGACGAAUCCUCUCGGAGUGCCUGGCUCGUCGGUCUAGUAAAUUCAGCACCAUACCUCUGCUGCGCCUUCAUCAGCUCCUGGCUAACAGUCCCAUUCAACCACUGGUUCGGGCGCCGAGGUACAAUAUUCAUAGCAUGCUGCUUGUCUGCGAUUACCUGUCUCUGGCAGGGGUUCGUCUCAACAUGGUGGGCGAUGUUCGUCGCACGAUUCAUGCUAGGCUUCGGCAUCGGCCCCAAGUCAGCAACUGUGCCGAUAUACGCGGCCGAAACAGCACCACCGUCCAUCCGUGGUGCGUUGGUCAUGCAGUGGCAUGUGUGGACGGCGUUUGGGAUUAUGGUUGGCUAUGCGUCGGACCUCAUCUUCUACAAUGUCGACUCGACCGUCAUCGUCGGCUUGAAUUGGCGCUGUAUGAUGGCCUCGGCGAUGUUCCCGCCUCUGGUCGUUUGCUGUUUUGUCUUUGCUUGUCCUGAGUCACCGCAUUGGUAUAUGCGCCAGAAGCAGUAUCACCGUGCUUAUAGGUCUAUCUGUGUGCUGCGGAAUCAUAAAAUUCAGGCAGCUCGUGACCUGUACUACAUGCAUACUCUUCUAGAGGCUGAGGAUAGGAUGAAGCUUGGGCGUAACAAGCUGCUGGAACUUAUCAAAGUCCCGCGAAAUCGGCGAGCGAUGUUGGCGUCUCAGAUUGUUAUGUUUAUGCAGCAGUUUUGCGGUGUGAACGUUAUCUCAUACUAUUCUUCCGAGAUAUUUCUCGAGGCCAAUUUUUCUCCUGCAGCUACCCUAGCCGCCUCAUUAGGCUAG